AUUGGCGUUACAUUAGACUCAUUAAAAAAUGGAACCGCAAAAAAGUGUGUAAAAAUGGCGGUUCUUCACUGAACAACAACCAAACGAGUCACUAAACAUCAUCCAUCUUCCUCUUCUUCGCUGCUUCAACGAUCUCAGAUUUAUCGCCUUGCGAAGUCCCACUAAACUUUUAGAGCAGGCCAUGCCAAUGUCAGAGGACGACUUGGGAUUCUGUACAGAAAAUUCAACUCAAGAUGUGGGAAAUCAUGAUUUUGCUUCUCAAGAGGAUGGAGAAUUACCUCGAAAACGGAGACCCGGUUUAGGCCUCAAUCGUGCACGCCCACGUUUCUCCCUUAAGCCGACCAAAAAACCCUCUGUUGAGGAUUUGUUACCGAUUCUUGACUUGAAAAAACUGACAGAUCCCGAGGAAUUCUUCAUGGCCCAUGAACGGUUGGAAAAUGCAAAAAGAGAAAUAGAAAAGCAGUUGGGUAUUGUGUCAUCUCAGCCAAGUCAGGAUUCAACUAAACCACGGGAACGUCGACCGGGACUUCCUGGGUUUAAUCGGAGGCCAGUUAGAUACAGACAUAGGGUUUCAACAGAAGCUUUGGUCAAUAAUGAUGAUGUCCUAUCCUCCCAAGAGGCAUUUGAAUCCGACGGUCUUGAUCCUGUUGGUGAUAACACUGACAAAGGCAAAUUUUCUCUUGCAUCAUUGGAUAAUGAAGUAACUGAUUCACCAGCUAUUGAAGAGAAUAAGAUGAAUGACAUUUUGAAAGGAUUGCUUGAUUGUGAUUCUGAAGAACUUGAGGGUGAAGGAGCAAUGAAUCUUUUGCAGGAGAGGUUACAGGUCAAAUCGAUUGUUUUCGAGAAAUUAUCUGUUCCAGACUUCCUAGAUAUCCAACCUAUUGAUCUGAAAUCUUUGCAAGGGACUUUGUCGAAGCCAAGCAAAGGAAAGGCUUUUUCUGACGUAGAUAAUUGGUUGAAAGGAAUGAAUAUUCAGACACCUCUUAGACGGAGUGUAGGAUACGCUGAGAAGCAGUUAGCUUCACCCACACCACCAAAAAGUCCAUUUGCUUCAUUGUCAUCAUUACAAAAGCACAUUUCACGGUCAAAGCUAUCUACGGAUCCAUUUUCAACUCAUGAAAUUGACCUUGUACCUACAAGAAGCUAUUCACCAAUUCACAUGGCAGACCAGGAAGUCGAUAUUGUUGGUUCUAGUAAGCUGUCGGAUGAGCUGACUGCACCUACAACCGAAGAUGUUAUUGCUGCUGGUGAGAAAAAUACAAUUCCGGAGACUUCUGAAAAUUCCAAGGAACACAAUUCUAGGAAUCCAUCAGAUGAAGUUAAUGCGCCCAUAAUUGAAGAUAUUGUGGACAAUCCUGACAGAAAUUGCACCAUUACUCCUCAAAAGUCCAUGGUUGAUAAUUCAACCGAACCUGGGUUUAAUGCUAAUGUUGACUCGAAUGAACCUGCUGUUGACAUGGAUGUGGAUAUUGGUCGUAGUGGUAUGGGAAAAAGGGUUAUGGAUGACACAGAAGGAAGGCAAAAUGUUGAGCCAAAUGAACCUUUUCAUUUUGAUGACAACACGCUGGAAGAAAACAUGCAGGGAUUUACAAGUUCUAUACCAACAGAUGACGCGAAUCUGAACACGGAGCUUCCACUAGCUGAUCAAUCAAAUCCAGUUACCUAUCAAGCCAAUUCUAUGGACAAAGGGUCUAGAAGAUCAGAUGAUGGUCCAGAACAGUGUUUACAGGAAAAGACAAUUGGUUCUGCGGCACCUGUUAAUGGGCAAACAAUAGUUAAAUCAUGUAUGCGAAAAGGGUCCAAGGGUAAGAGACUUCUGAGGAAGAGCCUUGCAGAUGCUGGUACAUCAUGGGAGUCUGGAGUAAGGAGAAGCACCAGGUUCAGGACAAAGCCUUUGGAAUAUUGGAAAGGAGAAAGAAUGGUGUAUGGCCGUGUACACGAGAGUUUGAGUACUGUCAUUGGGGUGAAGUGCAUGUCUCCUGGAAGUGAUGGGAAACCAACCAUGAAGGUUAAAUCAUUUGUGUCAGAUAAAUACAAAGAGCUUUUUGAGAUAGCUUCUGAAUAUUGAAAGCUUUCUAUAAUUUUAUCUUUAGUCUACUAAUGGAAUUGACAUGUGAUAAGUGUUUAAUUAUUUGAAGUGAUAAAUAUACUCGGUACUUACAUCCAGGAGUCAGCAAUGAUUAUGGUUAAUCAGUCAUCAAUGAAAUUAACUAACA